AUGUGCGUCGUGAGCUCUUCAGCCACGGUUAACGUUCCAAAGACAAAGAAGACAUAUUGCAAGAAUAAAGAUUGCAGAGAGCAUACAUUGCAUAAGGUGACACAGUACAAGAAGGGGAAAGAUAGCUUGGCUGCUCAAGGAAAAUGUCGUUAUGACAGGAAGCAAUCUGGUUAUGGUGGUCAAACAAAGCCUGGCUUUGACAAGAAGAGGUCAACUUAUAUAGGAAGCAUGAUGGAUGAACUCCUUUCAAUUGGAUUAUCUAAUGCUCAACAGCUAUCAUGGCAACCUUUAACAGUAGUUUUGGAUCGGCACCUUCUUGCAGAAGAUAUCGUGUACGUGUUCUUGUGCUGCCAUUGUGGAUUCGGGAACAUCCUUGCUUACUGGUCCAAUUGUAUGUUUCUCACGUGA